CCUGGGAAGUCACGUACAGGAGGAGAAAGAAAAAACAAUCCGUGGCGACGGGUUUGCAAUUCCUGCGCUCAGUUUAUAAAACAGACCCAUUUUCGAGUCUGUGUUUGUUUGUUUUUUUAGUGUAAUAAUUAGUUUAAUAAUUCGUGCGCUCAGAUUUUGUAAUCCGUACCCACGAAUAUAUAAUCAGCGCGCACGGUUUCGCAAUUUUCGGAAUUUGUCGCCCCGCCCCCGGGGUUUCCCGGCAAAUUCAACCAAACUGUAGAGCAAAAAAAAAAAAAAAAAAUGGAAAAGUUUCUUCGUUUUCUCAAAACCGACAGAGAGUUGGAUGACGCGACUUUGUCAGCGUUUCGAGAAGAGAAGAUUGACUGCUAUGCCAUCAAUAGUAUGACAGAUGAGCAACUACAGAUGUACAUCCCCAAAUUUGGAGACAGAAUAGCAAUAAGGCUGUACUGCAAAAGAGAAGUAGCUGCAUUGGAAGAAAAUCCCGUAGUAUCUAAAGCCACGGGAAAAACCACGCCAGCACUGCAUGGAAAGCAGGCCAAAAAGAGGAAGCUUACUGAUAAUCGUUCAGAAAAACUCUGUGGAAACAGAAAUGGCCAAAAAACUGAGCGAUGUUACCAGAUGGGAGUGUUCGAAGAGGUCCGUGGCUCCUUCGUCCAAAUCAAAGUGCAGCGAGGUGGCGGGACCAGACAAUUAAAGGCUUUGAAGAGCACUACCAUGAGGGAGCUUCUGGAGUACGGCAAGAAGCUGUUCUUUCCAAACGGAAAAAAUAAACUAGGGCAUAUAAAUGAAUUCGAGCUGAAAUUAAGAGACUUUACAGAAAAAGAACUCGAUCCCCAAACAACAUUAGGUGAACAAUACGAAAUGAGGAAGGUAAGGAUGCUGAGAUUGUAUCUGUCUUGCAAGAGAACAGACACACCCAGAAGCGAGAGUACAGAAACAACCGGAAGUGAGAGCUUCCAAAGAGGAAAUACAAAACUAGGUGACACUCCACCAAUGGACCCUGUUGAAAUAGUGCAAGUUAAGCCACAGGCCACCAAGUUAAGGCUUCGUAAAGGAAAUGUUUUCCAAGAUCUCAAUGCAGCUUUCACAGACGGUUUAAUAUCCCUCUAUGAGUGUCUCGUGGAUGUCGAGAUGGUCCUACCCAGUGGUAGCACCAAGAAAGGAGAAGACAACGGUGGAAUUCUCAGAGAUGCAUUGAGUGAGUACUGGGGUACCUUUUUCAUGAAUUGUACAGCAGGAAGAACAUUAAGGGUCCCCAUGACAAGACAUGACAUGAAAGAUGAAUGGGAAAAUGUAGCCAAAGUGAUAAUCCUUGGUUACAAUACUGUUCAAUACUUCCCCAUUGUGUUGGCCAAACCUUUCCUGUAUUACUGCCUUGGACUUGAAAUCGACGAGGAUGAGCUCUUUGCAGCAUUUUUGGAGAUCGUUACUCAAGAGGAAAAGCAGCUUGUUGAAGAAGCAAUGAGAGAUUUUACAUCCGUCUCUGGAAGAGAAGAAUGGGCCGAAUUCUUGGACGCUCAUGAUGUGAAACUUGUCAUCACUGAUAAUAAUGCCAAGCAGAUCUUACUUGAUGUGGCUCACAAAGAAAUUGUGCAGGAUCCAGCUUACAUAGCAGAGUGUUGGAGUCCAAUUUUGAGAGAACUAAUACUUCCACCAGGAGGACUGGAUGAACUGAUAACUAGUCUCAAUCCAACAGCUAAGAAAGUUGUGGCCGUACUAAGACAUGAAACACUGAACCAGAGAGAAAACCAGAUCAUGGGUUAUCUGAAGAGGUUUAUCAAGAACUCCAGUGAUGUUCGCCUCAGGAAGUUUCUGCGUUUUUGCACAGGAGCUGAUCUCCUUGUCGCAAAGUUUAUCCAUGCACGGUUCAUUCAGCCAAAGAGUUUCUCCACAAGAGGUCCCCAGUCUCACACCUGUGGAUGUGUGUUGGAAGUUCCAAAUAAUUAUACUUCGUACCUUGAGCUUGCAGAAGAGUUUGCAAACGUCCUUGAUGCAGACAUAUAGGUGAUGGAUAUUAUCACAUAGGGGUAAGGAUACAGAAAAUAACCAAUGUCGGUUAUGAAUUAUCCUUAUCUAAAAUUAUCCUCAACGUUGUGUUUCUCCAAGGAGGUCAGAUGAAGUGUGCCUCAGCGGCAGCAUGUGAUUCCAUCUCACACGCCUUUAUUGUGAUGUACAGCAUUGUUUUUUUGUAUCUUGCACCUCCAUAUAAUGUGCCAUAAGAUGCAUAGAUGUUGUAAAUGCAGUGUUACGAUGUAAAGUAACAUAUCCUUUUAUAGAUUCAAGUUCAUUGCUCAUUUAUUUGUUUCCUGCUAUUACUGUUUAUAUGGUAUUUAGAAGUUAUUAAUUAGGAAGUUAUUAAUUAAUGUUUUAAAAAUAAACAGAAAUGAUACAAAAGGGCAGUCCCUCAUUUUAAUUAAAAGUGUAUAUGUUGUAUGAAACACUAAACAGCAAUAACAUUAAAGAGAUUAAAAAAACAAAACCAAAUAAAAGCCUUAAAUCACCUGACUAUGUUGAUGUAAAUUAAGAACAGUCCAUAAACUUUCUUAGUACUAAAUUAUUUCUUAACCUUUUUUUUUAUUUUUUAUCUCACAGUAUUUAACACUGUAGGAAGCUCUUGUCUUAGUGCAAGGUAGAGAUUGAAUGCUGUGUACGUUUCCUUUGGAAGACUAGAGGUGAUGAUGCUCACACAGGGUGGAAACAUCCUCAUUACGAGCAACGUUGGAAUCUGUUCACUAUGUUAAAAUAUUGUAAAAUAUAUGAAAUUUAUUUUUAUCAUCAUUACUCCAGUCAUCAGUGUCACAUGAUCCUUCAGAAAUAAGUCUAAUAUGCUGAUUUAUUAUUGCUGGGAACAGUUGUCCUGUU